AUGGCGCUGCUGAGGGUCCCGACAGUGUGUGCGGUGUUGCUGUUAGUGUCACAGCUGCCAAGGGAGCUAAGCGCUCAAAGGAGCCUGGGCGGCGGAGCAGAGUACGGGGUAAAAUUGUGCGGGCGCGAGUUUAUCCGCGCAGUCAUUUUCACUUGCGGGGGUUCGCGCUGGAAGCGGCUGUCAUUGGAGGAGGAGGAAGAUGAAGGGAGCGAGUUGAGACGAGACGUCCCACAGUAUCGGCGCAGAACGGAUGCAGAUUUCAUUCAGAGCUCUGCCAACAAAGAACUAAAUCAACUGAAUUCAAUUUUGGGCUCACAAUCCAAAACUGCAGAGUUUUCUUAUCAACAGCAACCAAUGAAGGAGUAUUUUAAUGUGUAUGAAAACUACAAUGACUAUGCACCAAUACCUGAUGAUUAUGAGUACAAGCGUCAGCGAGAUGAGGUUCGAAAAACCCAAAGUGCAUCAGACUCCAACACAGCUGCAGAGUCUGACGGAUUUCCUUGGAUCAAGUACCCUAGAAGAAGAAGAGAAAUAUCUAUAGGUGUUGCUGGAAUUUGUUGUAAAUGGGGCUGCACUAAAGCAGAGAUUAGCACGUUGUGCUGA